AUGACCUGGAGUGACUUGGAGCAGCACAAUCCCAACAAAGCGUAUUGCAGUCAGUGCCAACGUUUGGUGGACGCCAAAGUUGAAAAGGUCGUCAGGAAGAAGGGCCAUGCCCAGUUGAGUUGCAAAGAUUGUCACAAUGUGACAAGCAUGCUCUACAAGAAUUUUGACAUGGCAGUGUUAGGAUGGCAGACUUUGAGUUCUGAAGACCUCCAGAAGUUCUACCAAUCUGCCCAUAUGGUGAAGGAUGAGAAAGGCAAGUUCUGCCUGACGAAAAUCAAAGCCUGCGUCUCUGAGACUCUCUCUACCAUCACCCGUACAUUGACCAAGCGUUCGGCUUCUGGCGCUUACAUGCCCCUCUCGGUCUACGAAAAGCAAGGCUACGACACGAAGCCCAUUGCAGAGAAGGCGGAGUGGAUGGAGUCGGCUCUGUUUGGAAAGGUGUACAGAGUUCAGACCAUCUCUGUGGACCACUCAAAGAUUGAUGAGGUGGUGCGAGAGCGAGUUCAAUCCGCGGUCAGAAAGGUUGGAGCGAAUAAGAAACGCCCAGCCCCUGAAGCGGAUGAGCAGCCCGAUGAGGACGAGGCUUCUAUGGCCAGCUUGGAGUCCAGCGACUCGGAUGAUGAGGAGAAGGCCAAGGGAAAUAAGGGACGCAAAGCCGGAAAGGCCAAGAAAGCCAAAGCUAAGGCUCACAAGCUCACCGAGGAAGAGAAGCAGACCAAAAAAGAGAACCAGACCGAGAUCAAAAAGGCCAAAGCUUUGGAGAAGUUGUUGGCGCCAUUGCUGCCCGCGGCUAAGAAAGUUUUGAAGCUCGAGCACACACCUGUGACUUUGCAAGGUUUGGUGGCUGCAGGCAAGGAAAGCCUCAAACAAGCCAAGAAGUUCAUUGCGGCUGCUGACAAGCUCUCAGCAAAGGGAAAGAAAUGUGACGCUUGGGAGUUCGACGCCAAGAAGUGCGCCAAAGAAAUGAAAAAAGCCAUCGAGGAAGCUGAGCAGUUGAGCAAGUUGGUGAAGGACCUUGGCACUGAUGGCCUGGCCAACUUAGCCAAGAAUGCUGUUGAGGCUUUGACCGAUGCUGAGAAUAACAAAGAUGAAGAUGGUGAGCACGAAUGA